UAGGCUUAAGCUAAUUCCCCAUCAUCCACACUCACCACUCUUUUUUUUCUUUGAUCAGCCACACUCUCAAAACCAGCUUUUGUUUCACUCCUGGAAAAUGGUGGUUUCUCCUUCAUUUUCUUGCAGUGUUGUGGGAGCCCUAAUCCUGGGUUGCCUUCUGCUUCAAGCAUCAAACUCUAAUGCUCAGUUAAGGCCUGAUUUCUAUUUCAGAACAUGCCCGCGUGUUUUUGACAUCAUUGGGAAUAUCAUCGUCCGUGAAAUGGGCUCUGAUCCUCGUAUUACCGCUAGCCUCCUCCGCCUUCACUUCCAUGACUGUUUCGUUAAUGGCUGUGAUGCCUCGAUCCUGCUGGACACUUCCGCAUCGUUCAGGACUGAGAAAGAUGCUCUGCCAAACGCAAAUUCGGCUAGAGGAUUUAACGUCAUAGAUAGAAUGAAAACUCAGAUUGAGAGAGCUUGCCCAAGAACAGUGUCUUGUGCAGAUAUUCUCACUAUCGCUUCUCAAGUAUCAGUCGUUUUGUCAGGAGGUCCAAGUUGGUCGGUUCCGUUGGGGAGGAGAGACGGCUUACAAGCUUUCUUCGAUGGGGCUAAUACACUACUUCCUUCUCCAUUUUUCACUCUUGAUGAACUUAAAGCAAGUUUUGCUUUCGCUGGUCUAAACCGCACCUCAGAUCUAGUCGCUCUUUCUGGGGCCCACACAUUUGGAAGAGCACAAUGUCAACUUGUGACACCUCGUCUCUACAAUUUCAACAAUACCAAUGGCCCAGACCCGAGUAUUGACACAACUUACCUCACCCAACUGCGUGCAUUGUGCCCUGAAAACGGAGACGGAACCGUUGUGGCCAACUUCGACCCCGUCACUCCAAAUACUUUCGAUAAUCAAUACUACACCAAUCUUCGUAACGGGAGAGGUCUGAUUCAGAGUGAUCAAGAACUAUUUUCGACUCCUCAAGCCGACACGAUUCCACUAGUGGAGCAAUACAGCAGCAACAGGUCCGUGUUCUUUAAAGCAUUCGUUGAAGCAAUGAUUCGGAUGGGAGAUCUUCAGCCUUUGACAGGAAACCAAGGCCAGAUAAGACUGAAUUGUAGGGUCGUGAACUCAAGGAGGAGUGUGGAGAAUGACGAUGAUGGUGUUGUGAGUUCGAUUUGAUCAUGUCGGAGAUAUGGAUAUGUAAGAAAGCAUAAAAUGCAUGGGUAAUGAUAUAUGUAUUGCGACUAAAUAAAUGUUCUCACGAAUAAUGUAUGAGAUAAUUAUGAAAUUCGAAUUUAGGAUUACUGAAUGUUUCCUAUAA